CCUUGCCAACUGUAACUUUACAGAGGGUAAAACUUGAAAACAUAAGAUCCAUUUGCUCUAAAGGCAGUGAACUCAAAAACAGUCCCAUCACCUCUUCAGGCAGGCAACUUAGAGAUGAGAGUGUCAAAUCUGACGAGAAACGCACAUCUCUUCUCUCAAACAAUGUGAGACCAUGCGCGUUUGAUACUCACUACACUGCCUCUGAACAAACGUCUACAUCUCAUUGUUCUCAGCCUCCACUGCUGGAGAGGGAGGCAAGUGAAGGGAGUAGAAAGCCGGUGAACGAAGAGGAUCCUAUAGAUGUUGAGCUGGACCUAGACCUGAGUUUUGCAUUAGACAUGGAUCUAACCCAGAGCUCCCAUAGCAGUGAGGAUGAGCAGCUGAUUUCCUUGCAGGAGAUGAUGGAGCGUGUUACCAAGCCUACAGAUACACCGGAGAAGGACGCCUUCUCAGAGCCAAGUACACCUGGACAUCGCAGCUCCCAGUCAAAAACUCUGCCAUUGCCAUCCACCACAAAGUCAGGCAUCUACAAGAACAACCUUGAUCAGAUGCUAAAGGAAAUAAACACCAUUAAAAAAGCUAAAGAGAUUGAGACACAGCUUCUAACUGCAUGUAAAGAGGACCUGUUGAGAAUAGCUGAAUAUGAGGAGGCUGAGGAGAACCGGGAGGAGGGCAUCUCCACCGAACAACAGGAAUUCCUACAGCGCUACUCGUUGAUGUCCAAUGCAAUCCGGGAAGUGCCUCCUGGAGAAGUAGUGUUCAACCUGGAGAAAUUUGGCCGGAUCUUCAACCACGAUACGCUGCAGCUCAGACAAUGCAUGGUCAAUCCACAGGGGACAGCACAGAAAACACUUCUCUGGUCCAGCCCCGCUCAACUGAGAUUGCAUGUAAAUAUUGGAUUGUUUCAGGAAGCUUACGACUCUUGCUCGCCCUGUCCAGCUCAGGUUACCCGUUUCCUAUUCAAGAUGAUGUCAGUCCAUAAUGAGAGGCUGGUAUCUGAAAAGAUACUACAGGCCCUCUGUGACAUCGCCUGUACUGCUGCUUAUCAGAUAGUGAAACAUGGGAGCCAGCAGUUUAAAGUGUGGGUGCCCAGUUUGGCCGAUUUGGCACUGGUCCUGAUCAAUAUGGGAGUUGCGUUUGUUACUCUCUUCCCUUUUGAAAAUCUGCAGCCUCCAUUCACAGAAGGAGAUUUGCUGGAGGACAUCUGUAUCAAAAGUGAGAGUCCUUCCAGUAACAAGGAACAGAGCACUUUCCCUGAACACAACUGCAGCAACAUCUUGAAGUACCUCUCUUACUGUAUGGGCCUCUGUCCACGGGCGUACAGCGACGAUGAACUGCUGCUGCUGCUAACUGUGAUGGGCAGGUUGGGCCUGGACACACGGCUCAUCCUCCAGUCCAGUGUGGAACUGUACCCACUGCAGUACAGAAUUGUCAAGAACAUCAGGGACUGGGACGCUAUGCUGCCCAGAAUCUGUCUGGCCCUCACUGAUCUGACAGAUGACCACCACAACAUGUGUCUGCUAGUUCAACUGCUGCCUGACAACACACGUGGAAAGCAACUGCGUCGACAUCUGAGCCUGUCCAUGAUCUCUAAACUGUUGGACGGAAACUGCACUUACAGACCUACAGAAAAAGAGAUUCAACUCUCUGAACUGAGGCUGUACCUGCCCCGUAUGCAACCAUCCACCCUUCUCAGAGGCAUGCUGAGCUCCAGCAGGAGUGAGAAAGAUGUGGAGGACAUGGCCUCUCUAGACCAACAGUCCUACUACCUCUGCUAUAGCCUUCUGACCUUGGCAAACGAAGCUUCCAAUUUUCAGUUUUUCCCAGCUCAACAAAAGGAGCAACUGCUGUUUCUGUGCUCUGCGUUGGAAACUCAUGUAAAGUGUGACAUCAGAGAGAGUGAGAAAUGUCUUUACCGGAGCAAGGUGAAGGACCUGGUGGCCAGGAUCUACACCAAGUGGCAGAUGCUCCUUCAGAGGACCAGGCCUCUCCAUGGUAAGUUGUAUGAUUAUUGGCGGCCUUCAGCUGUGGAUAUAUUGACAAGCAGCCAAGAGCAGCAGGAGAUAUACUACAGUGAUGGUGGAGAGGGCCACGCGAUGAAGGAGGAUGAAGAAGAGGAAACCAGUGGAACUGAAGAUACUGAGGUGGCAAUGAACCCUGAGGAGGAGGAGAAGGAAGAGGGAGACGAUACAGUGGCUGACACAAACGAGACAGGGGAUGACUUGCAGCCAGAAGAAAUGGAUGGAGACAAUAAGAUGGAUGACACAAACAAGACGGGGGAUGACUUGCAGCCAGAAGAAAUGGAUGGAGACGAUAAGAUGGAUGACACAAACAAGACAGGGGACGACAUCAAGCCAGAAGAAAUAGAGGGAGAGGAUAAGAUGAAUGGCACAAGUGAAAGGGAGGAAGUGACAGAAUCAGUACAUGGAGUGAGAGAGAUGCCAGAGAUGGAGCCCGGAGUGCACAAGGAGUCUAGAGUGAUGGAUGAGCAAAUAGAGGCUGGGAACAUAGACCAUGCUGAGAGGGAGACUGAGAAUCUGGUAGAGAUGAGAGAAACUCCUCACCUUGACCCGGUAGCAGCAUGUGAUUUAGUGUCAUAGAGAUUUUUAUUUGUUUUCAGGGCUUUCAAAGCUAUCACCUUAAUGUUAAGCUAAAUUUGCACAAUCUAUCCAUAACCACAAAGUUUCAUUGUUAAUACAAAUGUUAAUUGUAUAUUUAUGAAUAAAACCUAACCUGAUUCAUGUUUCCCUUGAUCCCCACUGGUGCAUCUGUUUUUCAGCAUUGGCAAGGUCUGGGACUUGAAACUGCCUUUGCAGUGACAUCAUGCUUUACCAUGUUUAGAAUCUACGUGACUAUGCAGCAUGUUCAUUAUAAGUUAUUUGGUUUAGAUACAUCAGUUUGUGAUUAGGUUUCUCAACCUUUAUUGUUUACAGUAGUUACUGUAAGACUGCAAUAGCUCUUUUGCAGCAGACAGUAGGAAAAGUACAGGUGUAAUUAAUAGAAAUAAGAUGGCUGUGUUCUAUUUAAGUGUCUGAAGUUGUGACAGAAUCCAUGCACAAUACCAGGACCAUGAAUCAGCCAUAAUUAAUGUCAUUGUUUACACCUGGCUUGUCCUACUGUAAUUGACUGUAAAUAAUUUCCUCUUACAUGUUAUCUUGUUUUAUGAUUCAUUGUUAUAAUUUCACUGUGGUGUUGAAUGUGUGUACUUUGUUAAAUUUCCCUUUUGGGAAACUAUUUUUUUAAUGCUAAACUUUUAUAAGUGUUGCCAAAUACAGAAAAUAAACUAUUUACAUGUUAACAAAA